UGGCACUUGGCAAGUAGAUGUGUUGUGGUUAAUAAGUUAAUAACAUUAAGUAUCAGUAUUCAGUAUUACAAUUUUGGCUUUUCCAACUCUUAACUAGGCAUAUUUAUAUGUAAUACAACUUUAUCAAUAUAUUCAUUUAUUACUCUAUUGUGAUGUAGAUCAGUUAAUAUGCAUUGGUGAACUCUACCAUAAUUAUAUUUUAUAAAAUAGUAUAGGUUUGUGUUCUUGUCUCUAUGAGCAAGAGAAAAGUUUCAACAAAUGAGAUGGUCGCCAAAAGUGAAAAAAAAGUACUAGCGUGUUCUACGCCAGAACAUAGAUUAGAGUCGCCGUCGAGAGACAGCGAUUCCAUUUGUGAUUCAGACGCUGGAAGUCCAGUACCUUUUUUGUGUACUCAAGAUGGAGCAGAAGGAGAAACUGAUGUUGUGUGGAAUUUCUACACACCUAAAUCUGAUAAAGGUACAUCUCGAUCAAAAAAUACAACUCCCCUUAGUAGAAAACCAAGAAAGACGAGAAAGUUAAUAGAAAAACCGUUACCUAAAAGAAGAACAGUAAGACCAUCACAAAAGAAGACAGAAAUGUUUCAAGAUCUUAUUGAAUUAAAUCAAAAUUUACAUGAAAUAAUAGGAAAAAAAUCUAAAACAAAUAUUAAUAAACCAACAUCAUGUAGUGAAGAAGACAUUUUUAGUGAUACCAGUGAAAGUUCUCCUAAAAGUGGCUUAAAGACAAAUAGCCGAUGCCUCAGAAAAAAUGUUUUAAGUUCUAAGUUCAAAAAACAAGAGCCUGAGAAUUGUUUAGAAUCAGAUGAUUCAAUGAAUGAGUGUCUUUUAAAAGCCAGCCAGGUUGUUGAAGAGAACAUAAUCAACUAUGAUCAUUCUGCUCCAAAAAGGCCAUGCCGGGCAAUAUCUAAUGAAAAAAGUUUUAAAACCAAUGUAAAUACAACAAUUGAUGAAGUUUGUAUGGAUACAAUUUUAAGUAAUAUUAAACUAGAGUCACCUUGCCUGAUUAAAGCUAAGAAAUGUGGCUCUCCAAGAUUUAAUAAUGAUUCUUUUGAUAAUCUGCUUGGAGGUUUGAAUGAUAGUGCUUUAGAAAAAUUAUCACAGAUGCCUGUCAAAGAUACAAAAAAAUCAAAUGCAAAUGAUUCAAAUUGGGCAUUACAAGACGAAAGUCAGUCCUUUAAAUCUAUGUUUGCCCGACAUAACUCAAUGCCGGAGUCACCAUCUGUAAAAGAACUAAAUCAACCAUCAACUAGUGGCAUGGCUUUUGGUAGAUACAGUUCAAUGCCUUUUAACAAAAGUGAUGAAAAAAUCAUAGUUCCAGGUGAUUCACCAAUAAGAUGUACUCCUGAUGAAAUAAAGAAAAAACAUCUGCAGGCACGGGAAAGAUUGUUGGCUAAGAGACUUCUGCCAUUUACAACAUCGCAACAAUGCUCCCAAUCAGCAAAUAGUCUCAGUCAACAAUAUAUAGAAACCAUGCCGACAAAAAAAACUGUCUUCCAGCCAAAAGUUGCUAGUGCAAGUACACAAUUAUCAAAUCAAAAAAAUAUUCCCAAUAAUAAUGAUACAAAACCCAAAGCACAUGUAAAAAAUGACACAGCUGACCUUAAAUUAUUAAUUGAAAAGAAAAGACAAGAAGCACUAAUGAAGCUGAGACGAAGGCAACCAAAAUAAAUACAUUACAGCUAUUGCCAAGCUUAAUUUUUUUAAUGAAUCAAUCAAUGUGAUACUGGUGUGUUAUGUUUUACAGGUUUUAAUUUACAAAAUAUAUGUUUCAAUAGGUAUUAUGUAGAUAUUAAUAUUUUAAUGAAGACAAUGUGAUUUUUAUCUGAAAA